AAAUUAUGGAAAUAAGUUAUUUUGAAGGGAUUACUGUACGAUUUUCAUAGGAUUAGCAGUGCUUGAGAAUGUAGGGAUGUAGAGAAAAUCAUAUAUGGUAGAUGAAUAUAGAAAAGCUUUAUCAAAGCGAUAUGUGUUAUGGGYAGUAACACGCUAACUUCUUGGUGGUAAAAGUUUGUGAAGUUUUCAGAACAAUGGCUGUUCAAGGUGACGUCCUGUCCACAAAGCAAGAACUAGUUCUGUUGCUAGAGAAGUUUGUGUCUAACUUUUAACAAGRGGCAAAAUGUCCAUGAGAAGUAAUCAUGGAACAGACUGUUUUGAAGUGGAAGCGUUUAUYGCACGAAAUGAAGAGUCUAAACUUUAUAAAGUUCGCCAUAAAACAAGUGGYCAUUUUUAUGUCAUGGAAGUCGCUGCSCGCAACAAGAACAACUCACRUGCAGUCAUCAGUACAAAUCUCCAGGAAACCCGCUAUAACCUCUCUAAGUUCUUGGUUAACAUGAAGUUUACUUUUCGAACUAGUUCUAAAUYGUACUACAUUCUCGAAUACGUUGGAGAAAGAACUUUGAGCUCUUUAUGUCGUUCGCAUGGCCCAUUGACAGAGGUCGUGGUACAAUUYUAUGCAAGUGAAAUUCUUAACGCUUUGGACGAGCUUCACUUACAUGGUUGCGUCUAUGGUAGUGACCUUGGUUUGGACAAGGUUUAUAUUGAUAACACAGGACACGUUGUUUUAUGGAGAAACUUUUGUGGAAAAACUUAUUGGACACGAGAGGAAUGCGUUUGCAAUUUGUAUGGCUUUGAUAAUGGUCGCAACUGUGAAAAUUCUCAUGGAAAAUGUUUGGAAAGAGAGUUGAAAACUGAUUUYAAACURCUAGGAUUAGCGAUAUUGCAAAUGUUAUCACAAGAGCACUUUACAACUGCGAUGAACAAUCAAGSUUCACCACAGRAAGGGUAAGUGAGAAUUGCCUGCUAAUUGUUUUCCACUUCUGUGCAAGUAUUUUGUAAUCUUUGAUUUCUGUGUGACAAUCUAAUCAUGGCAUUUUACUUCACUGAACAAUAAUGGGUUUCAAGUUUAGGAUUGCUUUGCCUCAUGGCUCGCCGACGACCACACGGCUGUUGUGUGUAAACCAUUUACAAUAAAAAGCCCUCUCACGCGGGUUGCAUUAAAGACACUUUGAAUAAAAAUUGUCGAUAGAAAUGACCGAAAAGGGUUUUGUGUAAGUCUGCAAUGACAUAAUACACUCGCAGAAUCUGCCGGGAACCUCGAGAAUAUGACAACAGCGUCGUUAAAGAUGUCUGUCAUAAUUCCCAGGGUGUCAUCAUCUUCUCUAUGUUAAAUGUUUAAUAGUUACUGGUUAUUAAUACUGGUUCAGUUUAACUYAGUUUACUAUACCAACAUCAAUAAUAGUCAUUGAGCGACACUUUAUAUCCGAUUAACAUAGUAAAUCCUUUAUGACGGAUACAAAAAUUGGCGAUACAAUGAGAUGCAGAUUGAAAUCCUCKACAAGCCAAAGGUUAAUUUUUCUUUUCUAUUAUUGUAAACAAGCUAUCAAGAGAUUUGAUGGUUACGGAUUUCUGACGCAAGCAAAUYUGAGUAGAAGUCUUUGUUAAAGUUUGCCGUCAAAACAAAUAACGGGAACCRUGCAUGAAUAAUUGAAAACGGGUGGUUUUUGCUUCUUUUGCCUUUUUCACGCU